GUCUCUCUCCCUUAAUCUAAAACCAUUAUUUGUUAUCAUUCAUGGUGGUGAUCAUCAUCAUAAUCGGUCCAGUGAUUGGCACAAUAAUUUCACAACAGAAAAGAAUAAACUCUGUCCACUCUCGUUUGAAAGAGUGACCGAAAUCAAAUCAUAUAUAAAUGGCUUGACCAUCUACACUUGGAUCCAUUUUGUCAUAUGUGUGCAUGUUUACUUCCAAAACCCAAACCGAACCAGAAAAAUUUGUUGCGUCAAUUCAAUUCAACACUAAAUGCCACCUAUAACCAUUAAUCAAAGAUCCUAUUCACCAACAACCACGACAGACAAUAGAAACAAAUUGACCAAUCGUAGUAAUAACAUAGAUUUGGGCACCAUCUCUUCGCCAAAAUUCGUACUAACAUUGAUCACAAUGUUAACAUUCACUAUAUUUCUAAUGAUGUUUGGCGUGGUAUUUGGCCAACAAACUGGUCAAAUACCGGCCAAUACUUCAUCAUCACCUUCCUCAUCAGGUGCUGGCAAUCAUAAAAACGAAACAUCAUCCUCAACAUCAUUGAAUCAUAAACCAUCCAUUUCGAAUAGUAAUAAUUAUGCUGCUAGUAUUUCACUGCUUACAUCAAUCAAUAACAACCAUAAACCUAAUUUGAAUCAAAAUUCGGAUAAACUUUAUAGUAUAGGUUCAAAAUCGGAUUCGAUAUCAACACCGGUCUAUGGCUCGAAACAAUCGAUAGCGGAUAAUAAUAAUGAACAAAAUGGCCAACAACAGACGUACAGUCCAUAUCUGAUGCCAAUAAGUAAUUAUUACACUGGAAGUAGCUCGACGGUUAGUGCCACGAUUGCUAGAAGUCCUAGAUCACCUUACCAGUAUACUCAUUACAACUCACAAGCUGAAAGUAAUAUGCCUUCAUCGAUACAGGAUAAAAUGCUGAAAACCAAUUCCAAUCACAACAAUAAUGGAACCGAUGAUAACAUUGCUGCCACACAAGAACGUCUUAGCAAACAAUUGCAAAUGGCAUUACUGUACAAUCAAUUGUUGCAAUUACAACAACAAUAUCGACCCUCAUUGUAUGGAUCGAAUCUCGGAUCUGGUCUGGCUGGAUAUAGUGGCUAUCAAUAUGGCUUUCCCAAUUCCAUUUCCUCACUAUACAAUUAUCUCGCUAAUGGACCCGAUAUGAAUUUGGAGUUGCUGCCCACAACAUCGGCAACCAGUGUCAAUCCAUCGUCAUCAGCAUCCGCAUCCUCACAUUCAUCCUCAACAUUAUCAUCACCAUCUAACCCUGAAGCCGACGACGCUCCUUCAUUGGCCGAUGAGGCAAUUCAACUGCAAGCGUUAGCAUCGUUACUAAAUUACCGUACGCAAUUGGCUAGUAUGUAUGGUGGAAGUAUGUAUGGAAGUGGCUAUGGCUCAGGUUAUGGCUCCAGUCUUGGUUCCGGCCUUGGCUCAGGCUAUGGUUCAGGUUCUGGAUCAACCAUGUCAAGUCUGUAUGGAGGAUCAGGAGGUAGUACUUUCGGAGGAUUUCCAUCAACCCUAUUCGGUUCUGGAUAUGGUAAUCAUAUGGGUAGUACUUUGUCUAGUUUAUAUGGAUCAGCUAUGCCAGCGGGCGCCGGUGGAGUCUUAUCCAGUUUAGCCGGUGGAUUAUCAUCACUAACUGGUGGCAGUGGUGGUGCUGGUGCUAGUGGCGGGGGUGGGGGAGGUGGAUUUGGCGUGCUGAACACAUUGGGCAUGUUAUUCGGUUGAUGAUGAAUGAAUAUAUUCCACCAUGAGACAAUCUGAUCUUCAAUCCGAUUCACGAUCGCUCAAAUAUAGAAAAAGAAAGUCAAGCGCAUCAUUUUUAUCAUUUAUUAUCGUUGACUACCGGUAUUUUUUUCUCUUGCUUUUUGACAAUUUUAUCGCAUUACACAUGUAAUUGACAUUUCCCAAUAACCAAGUAAUUAUUAAAGAAGUGAAGAAUUUUUGUUUGGUU